AUGUACAGCCGUGAUGCACAAGACACUCCCCGGACAGAGACAGAGAAUAUUCGCGAUCCCGGUCAAGCAGAUGGCAACAGCUACAACCAAAUAAACGAGGAUGAAGUGUACGAUCCAUCUCCACACCACUACAGCAAUGAUUAUGAUGAAACUACAGGCCAAGCCUCGCACACAGCUACAACAAAUAGAAGAAGAAACCAAAGAAACGAGGAUGAAGUCUACGAUCCAUCUCCACACUACUACAGCAAUGACAAAGAAACUCCAGGACAAGCCUCGCACGUACCUAUUUCCAACACCUACAACCAAAUAAAUGAGGAUGAACUAUACGACCCUUCGCGACACAGCUACAGCAUUGAUCAUGAUGAAAAUUCAGGGGAAGCCUUGCACACAGCUACAGCAAAUAGCUACAACCAAAUGAACGAGAAUGAAGUUUACAAUCCAUCGCCACACUACUACAACAAUGACCGUGAAACUUCAGAGCAAGGCCCGAACACAGCUACGACGAACACCUACAACCAAAUAAACGAGGAUGAGCUAUACGACUCAACGGGACACAAGUACUGUGAAGUAAAAGAUUACGAAACCCGUUAA